UGGCAACUUUUUUUUGUGCUGGCCUUGUGCUUUCACUCACACAAUGCUAAUCAAGAAACAAGACGACGAUGAGAUUCCCAUUCAUAUGAUAUCCUCCGUCUCAGCAGGAACUGCUUUAGCAGAAGAAGCGCUUGCUAAAAAGCGCAAACUUCGGGGACCAAGGCAGAAAAGACGCACAGGUACCGCCAUUGUCGACCUUGGCAUGACUGUCGAUAACCACAAGCACACCACGGAGAACGAUAAAGACGACACAUUCAUUGCACAAGGCAGCGAACUCGCUACACAUCGUUUAAUCACGCACGCCAGCGUGGGCAUGGACGACGAUCAAGACGACGAUGAGCACAACAAAGAAAAUCAGACGCAAGGUCGGCACAUGUUCAGUUUCGCAACCGGCAGAAAAAAGUCGGCUUCGACAAUGAUGAAGAAAGCCAUGGGAGAUACCAUCGAAAGUGAUCAGUCUGGACCGGCAUCGAAACGAAACGCCAUCCGUUUAACCUCCACUGCAGCCAAACGAUCACAGCAAACACAAACGCCCGCAGCUGCAGUCGACAAACGGCGGCGAAAGGAACGUCAAGCUGAACUUUUACGUGGGGAUCAAGACAACGAAGAGAAAGACGAAGAAGAGGACGAAGAGGCCUCCGACCACGAAGCCGCGGACGAAACUGCGCAAGAUGAAAGGGUCGGCUACGAACGGUACUUUCAAAACUUGCAUAGCAAAUCCAAAACGUCCAACAACACUCUUUCCAAGCUGGCGGUACUGGAGCCUCAGGAAUUCAGAGACAUUUUGGAAGCGGCACCAGAGAAACACGCAAACGAAAUUACAGCUCUUCACAAUUUUCAUCAGCAGAAUUUUUCACAGUGGUAUUUUGAACUUCAUUCCGAUUUCAACCUCUUGUUCUACGGUUACGGUUCGAAGCGCAAUCUUCUCAACGAAUUCGCCCGUAACGUGCUGACUGACGGUCCCAUCAUUGUCGUGAAUGGAUUUUUCCCUACCAUCACCAUGAAAGAUAUCUUGAACAAGAUCACGGCUGGCGUCAUGGGUGUGAGUGCUCCAGGACAGUUGCAGGAACAUGUUUCCAUGAUUUGCAACUACUUCAAAAGCGAGCAACGAUCUUAUGACCGUUUGUAUCUCAUUGUUCACAACGUCGAUGGCGGUAAUCUCCGAAAUGAAAAAGCCCAAUCGGCGCUCUCCAUGCUGGCUUGCGCAUCCAAUAUCCACCUUAUCGCUUCUGUCGAUCACAUUAAUGCAGGCUUACUUUGGGACAACGUGAAAGCGAGUCGAUUCAAUUGGAUCUGGCACGAUGUUACCACCUACGAAAACUAUCUCGUGGAAACCAGCUUUGAGAACUCUCUGUUGAUGCGCACCGGCGAUGUGGGUGGUGCUCGUGGUAUUGAAUACGUUUUAGCUUCCCUGACAAGUAACGCUCGUGGUGUAUUCAAAGUGUUGGCGGAACAACAACUGGUCGAGAUGGAGGUAGCCAAUAUGGAUGGACGCGGUACAGAGGCUGUGGGACUUUCGUACCAUCGCUACUAUCAGCUAUGCCGUGAAGGAUUCUACACUUCGAGCGACUUGGCGCUACGAUCUCAACUGACGGAAUUUCGAGAUCAUCAAAUCAUCCACUCUAAGCAAUCACAAGAUGGUACAGAAAUCUUUUAUAUUCCUCUGGACAAAACCAGCUUGUGCAAUAUCAUUGAACGCAUGGCAUAAUCAUUCUGUAUAUAUAAACUUUUUUCCAUCUGCUACUUUUUCUGUAAUCCCAUUAUGGUUGCCUUUUUACUUUUUUCAAAAAUAAAACUUACUGUUAUUUAUCUGUUUUGCGCAUAA